AUGGCUGUUGAUAACGAACCAGCUUCUAGCGCGGAUGCGCGGGAAGUCGUGGCGGAGCUGCGCCAACGGCUGCUCGACCGCGCGCUGCCCAUCGAGCAGCGCAUCCGCGCGCUCUUCUCUUUGCGCAACCUCAAGGGCCAAGCUCCGCAACAGGCGCUUAUAGACGGCAUGGAGGACAAGUCGGUGCUAUUGGCCCACGAGGCAGCGUUUGCUCUCGGGCAGAUGGGCGAUGUUUUCUCGGUGCCCGCACUUACUAGGGUGCUAAAAGACUCGUCGUACCACCCCAUUGUUAGACACGAGGCAGCAGAGGCUCUGGGCGCCAUUGGUGAAGCCUCCUCCCUCCCUCUCCUCCAAACCUAUCUCGCCGACCCUGCGCCCGAGGUUCGGGAGACGUGCCAGCUGGCGGUUCGGCGGCUACAGGACACACUAGCUGCGGCAGAAAAGGGGGAGAGGCAGGGGGAGGGGGGAGCAGAGGAGGAGAAGGGGAAUGGGGAGAAGGGGAAGGGAGAGAAUGAGGGUGAGGGGCAAGGGGAAGGAGAGGGGAAGCGGUUCAUGUCUGUAGAUCCUGCUGGGAGUGCACCCAAGAACGCGAGCACAGAAGAACUCAGGAAGCUUCUUCUGCAAGAAGACGCAGACAUGUACGAUCGUUAUGGCGCUCUCUUCGCUCUGAGGGACAAAGCAGCCGCCACCAGCAAUGGCGGCGCUGCUGCUGCUAGUGCUGAUGCUGUUGGUGCUGCCGAUGCUGUUGGUGGUAACAGUGGUGAUGGUGGGGGUGCGAAUGCGGCAGUGAGUGCGAUCGUUGAGGCUCUAGAGACCUGCUCCAGUGCCCUGCUGCGGCAUGAGAUAGCCUAUGUCUUGGGCCAGCUACAGAACAAAACUGCCGCCCAGGCGCUUGUUAGGGCGCUAGAAGACACUUCAUGCCACGCCAUGGUUCGGCACGAAGCUGCUGUGGCCCUAGGCUCGGUUGCAGACCCAUUGACACAGCAGCUUCUAAGAAAGUUCCAGAAGGAUCCUGACCCGAUUGUAGCGGAGAGCUGCGACGUCGCAUUAGAUUUGAUGCAGUUUGAAUUGCAAACAGAUGCGUUCCAGUAUGCGGAUGUCUUGCAAGAAGCUGCUCAUUGA